AAAAAUGUACACCAAAGAAGCAAAUAGGUUGAUGCUGAUUGUUAUACUUGCAUGUUUUGGUGGUGCAUUAUCAUGCUGUCUGGAUCCAGUACCACAGCCUCCAAUCAAUUUACAGCUUCUACUACGCAAUACAACUAGCAUUGCAAUUGGUUGGGAUGCUCCAGAUUUUGAUAUACCCGUAAAAUUCAACAUUUACUAUGGGAUAACUCCUUCAAUGAAUUACAAUAAAUCAGUCACAGCGCCAGGUAAAAUCUUCAAGGCUCAUGGACUAAAGGAAGGCACCGAAUACAGGUUCCAGUUAACGUCCUGUUCUGCUGAUGGGGAAAGUCAAUUUAGUGAUCCAUUAUUCAUUAGCACUUUGAAAAGCUGUUAG